AUAGGAACUGUCAUUACAGAAAAAUACCACCAUCUGAUUUACGUAAACAACAGAAAGUGUAGAAACAAAUUUUGUAGUGCAGGGGGUUUUUUGUGUUGGUGCUAAAAAACUGAUGUUGGUGGAAAAUGAAACAUAUAGUUGGAAAAGUAGUUUUACUAGGCCAUCAAGGUGUUGGUAAAACAGCCACUGUGACUAGAUAUGUGGAGAGAUCCUUCCCUCAGCAAACGACUCCCACCGUGGGUGCUUCAUUUUUUACAUGUAAAGUGCUUGCCGAAGAUCAUUUAGUUACCCUUCAGAUAUGGGACACUGCCGGCCAAGAAAGAUUCAAAGCUAUGGCUCCCAUGUUUUAUCGAAAUGCAAAUGCUGCGUUACUAGUCUUUGACAUAUCCUCCCGUGAUUCCUUCGAAAGCAUAAAAAUGUGGGUGCAGGAACUGAAAGGAAAUGUCUACGAACCAAUGGUGCUAUGUGUUAUAGGAAACAAGAUCGACUUGAGUGAAAUUAGGCGGGUUACGCGAGACGAAGCGUUAUCAUAUUCAAACAGCAUUGAUGCUAUAUAUCUGGAAUGCUCCGCGAAAACAGAUCAAAGUUCUUCUAGUGCAUGCUGCGAUGGUAGUGACAAUCAAGCGAGUUCUUCUGAAAGAGUUAGAAGAGAAAAUGACAAUGUAGUUUCGACGACUACGGGGGAAAUUCAUCCAAUGCGACUAAGUGAAGAUCUAAGUUACUCAGAUUGUAAAUCAGACGAUGAGCGAAAGAAAAGGCCCAGAACUGCUUUUACAGCAUCACAAAUCAAAUCUUUGGAGGCAGAAUUUGAAAGAAAUAAAUAUUUGUCGGUGGCCAAACGAUGUCAGUUGUCGAAAACACUUAAAUUAACAGAAACGCAGAUAAAAAUUUGGUUUCAAAACAGAAGAACAAAAUGGAAGAGAAAAUACACGAACGAUAUUGAAAUAUUAGCUCAACAAUAUUACAACUCCAUGGGUAUAAUGACGCCGAGACCAAUUUUUUUAGGAGAUAGACUAUGGUUCUUUAACUAUCCUGGACAACCAGGCCUUUCCAGUGCUCAACCAGGACUCCCACCAAAUAUGCUACCCAUUCCUCCAGGUCCACCGAUGGGGUCUCAAAUGCCUAUCCAUCCGCAAAGGCCAUGCAUGAGAAACUAUGUAGAAUAUGGACAAGAGCAACCAACAGAAAUACCUCCAAUGCUUCAGUUACAAAAUUUUGGAAGACAAUUUGAAAAUUCGUGAAAUUAAUAUCUAUUUAACUUAUAUUAUUUUUAAACAAAUUAUAUUAUUGUAAAAAUUCUGAUUAAUACUUGUACAAUGAUAAUCGUAAAAGAACUAUAAUAAAAUGUUUGGGAUUGGUGAAGCAAUUGAAAAAUAAAACAUUUUUUUUCUAAUAAAAGUUUAUAAACUUA